AUGCUUGGGCAGGAAGUUAAGCAAUGUUCAGCAAACGAAGUUGAAGUCAAAUCUGCAGAUACGAACAAUGGCUGCACGAAAAGGCCUGAAGAUGUUGCCAGCGUCGACGUCUACACCGCAAAAGGUCUCCUCAGCGUAGGUCACCGUUAUCUGGAUGUCAGGUUGAUCUUGAAAUUAAGGGAUCGAUGCCACAGUGGAGGCAGAUCACUUAAAGCUUGUGUUGAUAUUCUCAAUGAAGGUUUCCAGCAUGUGACGAACAUGGAGGGGGGCUACUCUGCAUGGGUGGACAGUGGACUUGCCCAUGACAAACCCACUGAAGACUUAAAAGUCGCUUGCAAGUUCCGUCCUUGA